AUGUCCUCAGUCACCUCGCCGAGUUCUAGCCCAAUGGCUCCCAAAUCACCCCGAAACACAACACCCAGCCAAGCGACGGAAGCAACAGAAGAAACGGAAGAAGCUCGCAGCUGGGCAGGAGAUUUUGAUCCAUUCGCAGAUCCCGAUGAGAGACGGGUUCUCUUUGCAGCAUUCGAUUCCUUCAGACAGUAUCGCAGGACCGCACACCUGAAUACAACCCACCGGCGACGUCAGGCGUUCUGGGCUCUGCCCGCCGCUCACUCACAACUCCUGUCCGAGCCUCCUUUUUCUCUCAUGGAUAACUUCAACCGCGUCGACGAUGCCAUUGAUAUAAACGCCGAUAUUGCUGAUGCGAUUGUUGCCUCGGGGCUUUCGUCUUUCGGACUCUCUGCGAACCCGGAUCCGGAAGACCCCUGCAAGAACUGGCGCGGGGUUGCGACGUCUUCAGAUGUCAACAAGGCGCAUUCGACAAUCCGGCAGUUUUAUCGUGAUUGGAGCGAUGGAGGUCAACCUGAGCGGGAUGUAUGCUACAAGCCUGUCUUGCAAGACCUCGAUAUUGAAUUCUCCAAGAGGCUACAGGCUGGCGAGGACGUCAAAGUCCUUGUUCCUGGAGCUGGGUUGGGAAGAUUGGUCUUUGAGAUAUGCCGCGCUGGUUAUGACGCUGAAGGCAACGAGAUUUCCUACCAUCAGCUGCUGGCGAGCAGCUGGAUCUUGAACCACACGUCCGGGGCGAACCACCACAGGCUGUAUCCCUUUGCCCUACACUUUUCGAAUCUGCAAUCGAGGAAGCAGCAAUUGCAACGCUUCAUGAUCCCGGACGUCCAUCCAGGUGCUGCGAUGCUAGAAGCCGAAAAGUCAGGAACCAAGUUUGGUAAUAUGAGCAUGUCUGCCGCCGACUUUGUCGUUCUCUACAGCAGUCCUUCCCACAGGAACACCUUUGAUGCAGUGGCUACCGUCUUCUUUAUCGACACAGCACCGAACCUUAUCCGUUACAUCCAGGCUAUCCAAAACUGCCUCAAACCGGGUGGCAUUUGGAUCAAUGUCGGGCCAUUGCUGUGGCAUUUCGAGGACGGUCACCAGCGCACGCACAGCGGUGCUAGCGACAAUGCACCUAACCAGGGCAUUGGCGAACCGGGGAAUGUUGAGCUCACAGAGGAAGAAGUGUAUCUGCUCGUUCAGCGCAUGGGGUUUACGUUGGAACAGAUCCAGCCUAUGGACCAGCGCCCUGAAGUCGGAUACAUUCAGGAUCCAGGGAGCAUGCUACGGUCGCUCUAUCGACCGGCGCAUUGGGUUGCACGAAAGAACCCACAAUAA